AUGUCCUUCUCUGACGACCUCGACGUUCAAGGAGGCUGGGAUAUAGCCACGCCUACAACGGGGGACAUCGUUCAGGACGCAAUAAGAAAGGAGAAGCUAAUCAAGGAUAUCAUUGCGUCUCAAGAGGACCUCCGUGUCAUGCUUGAGCGGGUCAAGGCAACGGAUAAAGAAAUCAAGAAGCUCACUACAGAGAACGAAACACUUCAAAUGUAUAUCGAUAAUCUGACAGUUCAAAUGGCGAAGAGGCGAUAG